AGGUUACAGAAUACCUUUAGGAGGUUAUGAUUGUUGAUAUACAAAGAAAUGGUUUCCAUUGCAACAGAAAAUAUUACUCAACUUUACAACGUUAUGACCACCCAGGAGCUCAAAACGAAUCUGGCAGAUUUCCAUAAUGCUUCAGGAGUGUAUCACACAAAUGGAUCUGGAUGCCUAGAUUCAGAUGCAUGGGACUGGCUCUACACAUUUCAGCCUGGAUUCCUCUGGUUUAUAUUUAUUCUGGGAGCGAUAGAAAACGGAUUUGUCCUCAGCGUCCUGUGUUUCCACAAGAGUCGCUGCACAGUGGCUGAAAUUUACUUAGCAAACAUGGCUCUCGCUGACCUAAUGUUAGUCUGUGUUUUGCCUUUCUGGGCCAUUAAUAUUUCUAAUAAGUUUGAAUGGCCUUUUGGCCUAUUCCUCUGUAAAGCCGUCAACUCAAUUAGCUACAUGAACUUUUAUUCUAGCAUUUAUUUUCUGACAUUAGUUAGCAUCGACCGCUAUCUGGCCUUGGUGAAAACCAUGUCUCUUGGACGGAUGCGACGAACCGCCUGCGCCAAGUGGAAUAGCUUCAUAGUCUGGAUGUGUGCAUUGCUCAUAUGUUCUCCUACAAUAAUGUUCCGGAAACUGCAGUAUUUCAAAGAAUACAAUAUCACAGCCUGUUCUCUUGACUAUCCAACCACCUACUGGCACCCUGUAAACAACUGCUUGCUUAAUAUUGUGGGUUUUGUGAUCCCACUCUCUGUAGUUGCCUAUUGCACCACUGAAAUCAUCAAAGCCUUACGAACUAAUGAGUUACAGAAACUCAAGCUAAUCCAGACAGAGAGGAGAGCCACUGUGCUGGUCCUUGCUGUGCUUUUUCUGUUUAUUAUUUGCUGGCUUCCAUUCCAGAUCAGCACACUAAUCGACACGGUCUCUUAUCUAGCAAAGACUUUUGAAUGCCUUGAAGACAUCAAUGAAAUAGUGACCCAGAUAGCUACAUACUGUGCCUUUAGCAACAGCUGCUUGAACCCAGUCCUGUACGUUAUUGUAGGGAAGCACUUCCAGAAGAAGGCUGUGGAAUUCUAUAAGGGCUUGUUCCCAAAGAGAUGCAGAAAAUCAGAGUCUGUGAAGAUGGAAAAUUCCAUGGACACUUUAAGAACUUCUAUUUCCAGUGAAUGCCCAAGGAAAAAGUCUGUUAUCCCAUUACCACGAUAGUACACUUUGUUCUUUACAGAGAAAAAGAUAAAACUUCUAACAUGUGAGCCUCUACUAAUACCCAUGUGCAAAAUGUGCAUAAAUGUGUGGCAACAUUCAUCAUUUUGGGGGAACUAAUAGUUGGAUCUUAAUGCGAACUCCAGUUAGAUACCUGUUUCUAAUGCUGUUGCACAUUUGUCCUGGUCACAACAUACAUUGUGGUGGAUUUACAUUUUAUGACUGAUUUAUAUUAGCUGGCAUCAUUGUUUGAAAUGUUUGUAUUUCUAAUGAAUGUGUUUGGAUGUACAUAGAGUUCUGAAGAGAGGCCCAGGAUAGAAACUACUGUCUGGAUUGUGUGACUACUUAUGGUACCCAUAGAGUUUGUUUGACUACAUAGGAGAGAAUAAUAUUUAAAUAAGUUUCUCGAAAUCUUGUAGGAGUUUUAUUCAAGCUGAUUUUUA